GAUCCCCAAGAGUUAGCACAGUCCCUUCCCCCAAAUGAUUUAAUUUGUGCUUCAGCUACAACUCUUGGCUCACGUCUAGGCACAUCAUAAAGAAAGCUGCAGAAGCAGAGACACGAUGAGGCGAGAAGAGGAGGAAGAGGAGGGAACCAGGAUGAAGGCAAAGGGGGACCUAGAGAUGAAGGAGGAGGAGGAGAUCAGUGAGACGGGGGAACUGGUUGGCCCUUUUGCAAGUGCUAUGCCCUCUCCAAUGCCCCACAACAAGGGGACCCGGUUUUCUGAGGUGUGGGAGUACUUCCACCUGGCCCCUGCUCGUGCUGGGCACCACCCCAACCAGUUUGCCACCUGCCGCCUGUGUGGACGGCAGGUGAGCCGUGGCCCUGGGGUCAAUGUGGGCACUACAGCUCUGUGGAAGCAUCUGAAAAGCAUGCACAGAGAGGAGCUGGAGAAGAGUGGCCAUGGUCAGGCAGGGCAGCGCCAGGACCCAAGGCCCCAAGGGCCCCAGCUCCCCAUGGGCAUCGAGGGUGACUGGGGCAGGCUGCUGGAGCAGGUGGGUGCCCUGGCUUUAUGGGCCAGCCACAGGGAAAAGGAGGUGCUUAGGAGGGAGAGGGUUGUGGAAUGGCGGGAGAGAGCUGUGGAAAGGAGGGAGCGAGCCCUGGAGGAGGUGGAAAGGGCCAUCCUGGAGAUGAAGUGGAAGGUGAGGGCUGAGAAGGAGGCAUGCCAGCAGGAGAAAGAACUGCCUGCAGCGGCACAUCCCUUCCAUUUUGUUUAAAUUGGGUGAGGGGGAGUCUAUUCUGAAAACACUGACUGUAGAAUUACAGCAAAGAGCCAUUUAAGUUCCAGCUCAAAUAUAAAGUAAAGUAGUUUAGUGGCAUUUUGCUUUUAAGAGAAAGAGUGCAUAGCAUGAGUUAAUCUCAGCAGGUCUAAAUUGACCACGUGCUUAUCUACAGAGUUCAUAGAGCUGUGCUGAUCCUUGGCCGAAACAUUAAAAUGUACUAAUUAAAGACAAAUGCUGUUUUCCACUGGGUCUACCAGUUGUUUCAGUGCAGAAUAUACCAGCUUGUCAGCAUUGCUUAGUAAAAAUAAUUGGAUUUAUGCUCAACACUUAGUUUUGGUGGAGCUGAAGGUUUUGACGGUUGAGUAAGGCUGGCCAGGUAGCUGGCAUGUGCCUGCAUGACCAGCUCCCUCUCAGCAACCCCACCAUGAGAGAGCUUAGGUGUUUGCAUGCACACUAGUGGUGGUUUGAGAUGUGAGUACAAAGCUGUUAUAUGUGAUCCAGCAGGGGAAGGACAAAUAAGCGUGAGCCUGAGAUCUGCAGA